AUGCAGACAUCCUUUCAUUCUGGCAGCACCACCACCACCACCAGCACCACCACCACCACCAGCACCGGCACCGGCAACGCGGCAACAGCAGCAGGUUGCUCGCUUUCCACCGCUGCGGCCCCAGAGCUGCCUCCCACAGAACCCACCACGGCAGUGGAACUGGAUGCGAUGAUGCCCAUACAAGUGGUCGAGGCAUCAGCAUCGUCAACGGCUGCGGCGGCGGCUGUAGAACCGCAACUGUAUCAAGAAGUUUCCCGGACAGCCGGUAUCGCCCCCUCAGACUCUAACCCCACAAAGUUCGUACAGCUCGUCAACUCAGCGAUGCUGCCUUACGCGGAGAUCGGACCGCGUGUGAUAUCCGUUCAUGAGCUAGCCGACAUGAAGUCAAUAGACACGGAACUCCUUUGCCGUGAGAUGUGUGAAAUCGACCAGUUUGAGGUACAUCCUCGAGUCGACUACACCUGGUGGGAUGAGACCGUCAUGAGCGGCAGCCGCGAGGGCCGUGCGGCGGUAGCCGGGGGAUGCAGCUGCUGUAGAUGGCGCUGUGAUGGGAGGAGCCGGUGCUGCGACCAGGGCUGUGGCUUCACCUUCAGUUGGAACCACUCGCCAACACUGUCGUCAAUGUCGUCCUCGUUGCUUGCUGCAGCCGCAGCUAAAGAAACUACGGCGGGAGUGUCGGCGGCGGCGGUGGCAGCAACGGCCUGGAAGGACUCUAGCCCGCCGCUUCGUCACAAGUUGAACACCACAGCUACGGCACCACUACCACAGCUACGGCACCAAUGCGGGUUGGCUACGAAACCGGAGUCUUGGAACCUUCUGGCAGCUGUGAUGUGA